UAAAAACAGAGAAAAAUGAACAGUGAACAGUGAAAAAUCAAUAUGAGUGGCGAAUCAACACAUGAUGUGAAAGGGCGGCGCAGCAGCACGAUGAGUAAAGAUUACUGUUGCCCAGACAUCGCAUUGGUGUUGCAAUUGGAGACCAAAUCCUUGACCUCAGUGUGAUAAGAUCUCUGUUUAUAGGACCUGUAAUGUCCAAACACUGUGAUGUCUUUGACCAGCCUACACUAAACGCUUUCAUGAGUCUUGGUUAUGAAGCCUGGAGUGAGGCGAGGAGGACGCUGCAAAAUCUGCUGUCAGACAAUGAGGGUAUUCUGAGAGAUAAUGUCAACCUUCGGAGCAGGGCAUUUGUCAGUCAAAGUGAAGCCAUCAUGCACCUUCCUGCAGAUGUUGGUGAUUACACUGAUUUCUACUCCUCCAAGGAUCACGCCACUAAUGUCGGCAUCAUGUUUCGAGGAAAGGAGAACGCUUUGAUGCCAAACUGGUUGAGGCUUCCAGUGGGAUACCAUGGCAGAGCAUCAUCACUGGUUGUGUCUGGAACCCCGAUUCGCCGCCCUUGUGGCCAGAUGAGGCCUGAUCAAACGAAACCGCCAAUAUUUGGUCCUUCCAAGCAACUGGACCUUGAGCUUGAGAUGGCAUUCUUUGUUGGUGGAGAAAGUCAACUGGGGGAGCCUAUUCCCAUCAACAAAGCCCAUGAACAUAUCUUUGGGAUGGUACUUAUGAAUGACUGGAGUGCUAGAGAUAUUCAAGCUUGGGAGUAUGUUCCUCUUGGACCUUUCCUGGGAAAGAAUUUUGGGACAACAAUCUCACCCUGGGUUGUGCCAAUGGAAGCACUUUUACCUUUUGCAGAGUCUAAUCCCUUGCAGGAUCCCCAACCUCUCCCAUACCUACAACAUGAAGAUGGAUAUACCUUCAACAUUAACCUGUUUGUGUCACUCAAGGGUCAGAACAUGACUGAGGCUGUAAACAUCUGUAGUUCAAAUUUUAAAUACAUGUACUGGACAAUGAAGCAACAGCUCACACAUCACACAAGUAAUGGCUGCAAUGUCAAACCAGGAGACUUACUGGCUUCCGGUACCAUCAGUGGACCCAACCCUGGCAGUUUUGGUUCCAUGCUGGAGCUGUCUUGGAGAGGGUCAAAGAGUAUUGACAUUGGAGGAGGAAAAACUAGAACAUUCUUGAAGGAUGGAGAUGAGAUCACCAUCACAGGUUACUGUGAAGGAGAUGGAUACAGGGUGGGGUUCGGACUCUGCAAAGGAAUCAUCCUCCCAGCCCUAAAUUACUGAAACUAACAGUUAUUGCUGAAGUCAUCAUUUCACGGAAUAUAUAUAUAUAUAUAUAUAUAUAUACAGUAUAUAUAAAGCCUCAGUAAACAACAUUAUUUGUUUUUGUAUCCCUCGCUCAAUAAAAACCAGUUCACCUUAGUCUCCACAGCAUCAGCAUUUUCUAAACUCAUUCAAAACUGCAUACUAUAGAUAUGGUUUUUACCUCUUAAAGCUGCAAUAUGUAACUUUUACCAAAAUUUGGUCAAACUGUCACCAUGUUUCGACAAUAUAAUAUGAGACAGAUAAUCUGUGAAAAGAUUGAGCUCCUCCACUUCCUCCCAGUAGUAUUACUACUGUUGUCUGCAAAACUGCACCUCUCCCAAUCAAAAAACAAUCAAUCGAAGCCAUGAGGAAGAUCUUAGGACUGUUAAACAUGCUUAUGUACAGUAUGUACUACCUAAUGUGUUACUGACGAUGAGACAACUUACUGUUCCAGGAAAACGAUUUAUCUGCCGUCAUCAGUGAUGAUGCUAAAUAGUCUUAGCAAGCUCCAUUGUGGUGACCCAGCUGUUGGUACCAGACGGGACAGGGAGAUGAUGUGAGCAGCAUGUACAUGAGGUGACUGACAUCUCUAAGACCUCCUCCUGGUACUGAUUUGUUCUUUCUGAUGGAGCAGUGUAUUUCUGUAGAUCAAUCUCUUUCAAACUGUGGUCCUCAAGGUACUGCAUGUAAACAACCUUUUAUCUUACAUAAUGUGAGCACAAAGUGCAACUCUAUAGUUAACUCACCAAAGGAUUGUGUUUAAAAAUAAUAAUGAAGCUUGCCGAGAUGUUCAGAUGUUCUUGUUCAACAGUUUUUUUAGUUGUACUGGAAAAUGAUGUUUGUGUCUUAAUUUCCCAAAUACUGAAUUUGAAUUGAGAAUGGAGCAUUAUUUUUAUAAAUAAUAAACUGAAGCCUUAUUGUAAAUUCAAACUGGAAGACUCUUCAGCCCUACCUGCGUUACGUUCAUCUGCUGCAGCCUAUCAACAUCAGACCAUGCCUCGUCUUAGCGAGUCAUCAGUCAACAUUCUGUUUAUAAGGACCUUCAUCCAUGGCACCAUGUGUUUUCCAGGGGGGAAGAUGUCACCAAUCAGCAUCGCAAAAUGUUCAUCCAAGCUUAACGCAAUUCACAGCACAGUGUCUUUUGUGGAGGUCAGAGUUCCUUCUCCCAUAAAUGAAUUUGUAAAAAAAAAAAAAAUUUACUUUAAGAAUAAAACUUUUUAAUCAC